AUGUCCUGGAGCGAUAUCCUGUACCCAGACAACCAAGCGAGGUGGGAGAAGGUGGUGCGGUUACACCAUCAGCUGAUCGACUGCGUAGAGCUCAAUUUUGAUGCCACCAAGGAGCUGAUUGAAGUCUUAAACACACACUGUCAGUGCGAGUUGCACCCCAUUAAGAUGAACAGGAACGGCACCGUCUGGGAGAACUGCGACGUAUUCCUCGCAGCCAUGAAGUCCAUCCAAGACACGCUGCAGGCCAUUGACGGAAGGUUGAAGAGCGAACUGGAGCCAGUUCUCUACCGAAAGCUUCACGAUUCCCAGGAGACAGAUGCCAAGAAGAUGCAGAUUCUGUGCUCUGUGGCCACGGCAGUGAGCGUCCUCGCUGGGACCCUGGCCACAGGGAUCUUCGUCAAGCUGGUGUUAUCGAAGGUGGUGACCAGAGUCCUGAGCCAAAUUAUGAUGAUCGUGGUCAAGGUCGGUGCCUCCAUGAUUGGUGCCAUGGCUGGCGUGUUACUGGGUGGGGGUGUCGACUUGAUUCUCAGCGCGAUCCUGGGCACCAGAGAGAGACCGACUGGAGACAGCGAUUCGGGAGCUCGAGGCACUGGUGAGCGAGUUCAAGCCAGCCUCCAAGGAGUAUAA